AUGGAAAGUCUGAUACAGUCAAGAUCAACAGAAGGCUUCAUAAUCCGAAGACUUGAAAUUGGGGACUACAAUAAAGGGUUUUGUGAGCUGCUAUCAAACCUCACUGUUGUAGGAAACUUGACUGAGGAGACUUUCCAAGGCAUUUUCAAUCGAAUUAAUAGCAAACCAAAUGAAUAUUUUAUAAUUGUCUUUGAAGACAGAGUCAGUGAAAAAUUGCUUGCACACGGAACUUUAUUAGUAGAGGAAAAAUUCAUUCAUGCUGGCGGAAAGGUAGGACAUAUUGAAGAUAUAGUUGUGGCUAAAGGAUGCCAAGGCAGAGGAUUAGGCAAGCAAUUAGUUACACUUUUAAUUGACUUAAGCAAAGAAUUAGGGUGCUAUAAAGUGAUAUUGGAUUGCAAAGAAGAGUUAAAAGGAUUUUACGAGAGCUGUGGGAUGGAGCAACGAUCAAUUGAGAUGGCUAAAUAUCAUAAUUCAUAA